AUGUCUUCUGAACUCGCUACCAGCUACGCUGCCCUCAUCCUCACCGACGAUCACGUCGAGAUCACCUCCGACAAGCUCCAGACCCUCUUGAAGGCUGCCAACGUCGAGGUUGAAUCCAUUUGGACCUCCCUCUUCGCCAAGGCCCUCGAUGGCAAGGACGUCGCCGCCAUGUUGUCCAACGUUGGCGCUGCUGGUUCCGCCCCCGCUGCCGGUGCCGCUGCCCCCGCUGCUGGUGCCGCUGCUGUGGAGAAGGCCGAGGAGAAGAAGGAGGAGGCCAAGGAGGAGUCUGAUGACGAUAUGGGAUUCGGUCUCUUCGAUUAA